ACGUGGACAAAGAGACCACUGGGGUCAACCUGGGCGUCAAAGCAUCAAUCCGGUGAAUGGCGUCCACUAACCCACUCUCCAUCCAAUCCAAUGGGAUCCAGUCCGACUUCCAAGCCAUUAGCGUCCCCAGUCUCAGCGCAUCAAUCACCGUUCUUCCACUGGCCAUGGUGACAGGGAAUUUAGUCGGCCAAGAUAGAGAUAUCGUCAUGUUCCAGUGAUAUUCAUGGUCCAGAACAGUGCUCGUUGGCUGCCCCUCACGCCCCCGUCGGUUGGCCCUGUUUGGCUUCCCCUCGUCAUGUUCCACCUGAUUCUAGACGGAUAGUUACUUACCGAUUAUAAGAGGGGAAUCCUACCCAGCUGUUGUUUCCUGAUCAUCAAUUUUUGCCCUGAAACUACUUGCUUUGCCGGUGUUUAUAUCGGAAUUCCAAAGCCGUCUUCUCAGCAACGUCCCUUUUCAUCACAGCGCUAAUUGAAUGGGCAUAGAAAGCUCUCCACCUGAUGUCGAGGAAUCGACGGAACCCCCUAUAUGUCCUUAUUCGAAGGAAAAUCAUCCAGGGAAAGACACACCGCCUGUUGAUGUAGAAGGGAAAGGCAGCUUGGAGAUAGGGCAAACGGGACUGAUCCCAACAGAUCCCAAUUGUGAUGCCAAGGAGCUACACGCAGAAAGUCUACGUCCACGUUCAAAUUUCAAGGAUCCCUCGCAACAUGCUCACGUCAUCGACCCCGAUGCUCUUGCCGCAGCUCUCAAUGUCGACAUCAACAAUGGCCUCCUCAGUGAGGAAGCCGAAGCUCGCCUCCUGCGAGAUGGACCCAAUAGGUUCCGCGAGAUGGAGGGUGUAUCGGCAUGGAAAAUCUUGUUGAGGCAAGUUUCCAACAGUUUGACCUUAGUCCUGGUCAUCACAAUGGCAGUCUCGUUUGGUAUCGAUGAUUAUAUUGAAGGAGGCGUCAUAGCCGCCGUGAUCCUUCUCAACAUCGUCGUCGGAUUUGUGCAAGAUUACCGUGCGGAGAAGACAAUCCUCUCGCUCCAUCGACUUUCGGCACCGCUGUGCAACGUCUUGCGUAAUGGACGAGUGGUAUCGAUCAAGGCGGAAUCGCUCGUUGUUGGGGACAUUGUCAAACUGACAGUGGGCGAUAUCGUCCCAGCAGACAUUCGACUACUCGAUGGGAUGAAUAUCUUCACGGACGAGGCUUUGUUGACAGGCGAAUCUCUGCCGGUCAUGAAAACCCCGCAUGCCACUCUGACCUCAAGAGAUAUUCCUAUUGGGGAUAGGACCAACAUGGCAUACUCAGGGUCCAAUAUCACUCAGGGACGAGCAGAAGGAGUAGUUAUCGCUACGGGAAUGGCUACCGAGAUGGGCAAAAUUGCUCAGCUCCUCCAGGACAAAGAUCCCAAUGAGAACUUAGGGCUAUUAGCACGUACUGUCGGAAACUUGAAAAAUACGGGCAAGAACCUUCUAGGGCUUGUUGGUACACCGUUGCAAAUCAAGCUCAGCAAAUUCGCCCUGCUUCUGUUUGCCCUCGCUAUUAUCCUCGCUAUUAUUGUCUUCUCUGUCAGCGAGUGGGACGUCCAGGGAGAGGUUCUCAUCUACGGUAUAUGCGUGGCAGUUGCCGUAGUGCCAGAGUCCUUGAUCGCCGUUCUCACCAUCACGAUAGCGGUAGGGACCAAGGCAAUGGCUCGGGGCAAUGUCAUUGUGCGCAAGCUGCAAUGCCUGGAAGCUGUUGGUGGUGUCACCAAUAUCUGUUCUGAUAAGACCGGGACAUUGACCCAGGGAAAGAUGAUUGCACGUUCCGCAUGGAUUCCAGGUGCGGGUACACUGACAGUUGACCAAACAACUGACUCGGUCGACCCUACUAGUGGUGUGGUCCAAAUGGAUGAAAUCGACUGGGAACCCGAGGCCUUUCAAGGAAACCAUGCUCUGAACACAUUCUUAACUGCUAUUUCCCUAUGCAACUUGUCUAUCGUACACCGCGGUGUGCGCCCUGUAUCAGAGACAGAAACAACUGGUGCUACCGAGAAUACCUGGACAGCCGUCGGAGAACCUACAGAAAUUGCUCUCCACGUUCUUGCAAUGCGUUUUGGCUUUGGGAAGUCCGACGUAUUGAGAACACGGGAUGUCCUUCUCCAUACCGAAUACCCCUUCGACUCUUCGAUCAAAAAAAUGACGGUGGUCUACACUAACCCAAAAGCACAAACCCUCGAGGUGUACACAAAGGGGGCACCUGAGGCAGUGAUAUCUUCAUUCAAUAUCAGCGAGAAAGAAAAGACUCUGAUCCAAGAGACCGCAGACAGAAUGGCCGGAGAGGGCCUCCGUGUUCUGUGCAUAGGGUACAAGACGGCCCCCAUUGACGACGAACCUCAAGUAUGUCCACGUAAUGCUGCCGAAUCGAACUUGACAUUCGGCGGUCUAGUGGGAUUAUAUGACCCCCCGCGAGUCGAAACCGCCGCUGCUGUCCGAAGGUGUCAAAUGGCCGGUAUAACGGUGCAUAUGCUGACUGGAGACCACAUUCGGACGGCAACAGCCAUCGCAUCUGAAGUCGGUAUCCUUGAUGCUAUCAUCAAUGCCAAAUCGAGCCGGCUUGUUAUGGCGGCAAAGGAUUUUGAUCGGUUAUCUGAUGAAGAGAUCGACGCUAUCGAGCAGCUCCCUCUGGUAAUUGCACGCUGCAGCCCGACCACAAAAGUACGCAUGGUGGACGCGAUGCACCGACGGAAGGCGUUCUGCGUCAUGACUGGUGAUGGAGUCAACGACUCGCCGGCUUUGAAGCGCGCGGAUGUUGGAAUAGCAAUGGGGAAGAAUGGCAGUGACGUCGCUAAAGAAGCUGCCGAUAUGGUUUUGACAGACGACAACUUCUCAUCCAUCGUUAAAGCGGUGGAGGAAGGCAGACGACUUUUUGACAACAUUCAAAAGUUCCUCAUGCACCUUCUCAUUUCCAAUAUUGCUCAAGUGAUACUUCUUCUUAUUGCACUCGCAUUCAAAGACAACCACGGGAACUCUGUGUUUCCUCUAUCACCUCUAGAAAUAUUGUGGGCCAACUUGGUCACCUCAUCAUUCCUAGCUCUGGGGCUCGGGCUCGAAGAAGCACAACCCGACAUUAUGUACCGCCCACCCCACGAUCUGAAAGUGGGCGUCUUCACCCGAGAGCUCAUCACAGACAAGAUGAUCUACGGUACUUUCAUGGGAACCCUAUGCCUAGUAGCCUAUGUCUGCGUUAUCUACGGCGCAGGCUCAGGAUCUUCCAGCAUGGGAAUCGAUUGCAACGAAGGAUACAACGAAACGUGUGACACAGUCUUCCGGGCACGCGCCACGACCUACGCCACACUAACCUACUUACUCCUGGUAACAGCAUGGGAAGUCAAGCACUUCUCUCGCUCCCUGUUCAACCUAGAUCCCAGCAUGCCGCCCGGGCCCCUGACCGUGUUCCACGCAAUUUGGCGCAAUCGGUUUCUCUUCUGGGCGGUAGUCGCUGGCUUCGUGAUUGCCUUUCCGGUCAUCUAUCUGCCUUUCGUGAACCGCAUCGUGUUCAAACACCAGAGCAUCUACUGGGAAUGGGGAAUUGUAUUCGGAUGUGUGCUCGUCUAUCUGGUGAUGAUUGAAAUAUGGAAGGCUAUCAAACGAAGGUUCAGAAUCGGGAGUGGAAGACAUGGAACGUUGACUGUGGAAGACGCGGAAAUGAGGGCCGGGCUUGGGUCCCCGACGCCUCUGUCCAUGAGUGCCAAUGCGAGCGUGGAUGCUAGUGUAGAGAUGAAGUAG